CAAUUCUUCUGUGGGGGGAGCAUAUAUACCAUCCAAAUCUGCUACCUGGGGUGAGAAUGGGAAGCAUAGGUUCCGGAGAGUGACGUUUAUGUCACACCACCCAUUUCAUUCCACCUAUUUAAAACUAUAAACCCCAUCCUCCUCCACCCUUCAAAAAAUAUAAUAAUACAAUCUCCUAUUAAUCCCACCCAAUCCAGCAUCUAGACCACCCUGCCAACCCACACAUCCAUCGCAUCCGUCAGCAGGCUCACGCGUUACCACCCUUUACCCCGCCAAAUACCCCGCCGUCUAUCAACAACAAUAACAACAACACGAUAAUGGCGGAACCAGCAUUCGAACCGGCACUCAUAAUAGUAGAUUUCCAAGAAGACUUCUGUCCACCCUCCGGCGCCUUAGCAGUUCCCCAAGGGCGCUCUAUCCUCACCACCCUCAACACCCUCCUCGCCUACCCCUUUGUCCUCAAGAUCGCUACAAAGGAUUGGCAUCCUGCUGGCCACAUCAGUUUCGCAUCUUCACACCCGGGGAAGGAGGCUUUUACCAGUUUCGCGACGAUUACCAACCCCCAGAACCCGUCUGAGAAAUAUGAAAGUCGGUUAUGGCCAGAUCAUUGCGUACAGGGUAGUCCAGGCGCGGAACUGGUGAAAGAUCUGGAUCUGUCGAAGGUGGAUAGGAUCGUGGAAAAAGGCCAAAUGGCAUCAGUCGAAAUGUACUCUGCCUUCUAUCCCCCUCUCUCCUCCCCACGCGUCGGGGAUAGCGGGCUCUCAGCUUUAUUGAAGGAGAAAGGGGUGACGGAUGUAUAUGUAGUCGGCCUAGCAGCGGACUACUGCGUCGCUGCUACAGCGGAGGAUGCGGUGAAAGAGGGGUUUAAGGUGGUGAUUGUGGAGGAGGGGACGAGAGCUGUUGAGCCGGAGAAGUGGGGGGAGAAGAAGAAGGAGUUAGAGGGGAAAGGGGUGCGUGUUUUGGGAAUGAAGGGGAAGGAGGUGGGGAGGGUUAUGUUGAAUACUAAGGCGUGA